GCAAACCGCUAGCGGCUGGAGAUUAGCCGAAGCAACUCACAGCGCAGCGCUCAAGUCACAGACUAUAGCAAGUCUCCGCUGGUGCAAGGCGCUGCUAAACAAGCAGAUCCCCGUGGGACCCGGAGCGGAAAUGGAAGCGCAGGCGCAAGGUCUGUUGGAAAGACAAGCAUUACAUGAGACAGAUGAAGACAUGGUCACUGAUGUUGAUUUUACAAACAUGAUUUCUGAAGAAGAGCAAGAGAAGUUAAAAGCUGAACUUGUGAAGCUUGAAGAUGAAAUUGCGACUUUGCGACAAGUGUUAGCAGCAAAAGACAAGCAGCUUCUGGAAAUAAAACAAAAGCUUGGUAUCAAUCUGAUGAAUGAACUGAAACAGAACUUUAGCAAGAGCUGGCAUAAUAUGCAAACUACGACUUCCACAUAUAUUUUGUGCUGGGGUACAGGCACUGGCUACAAAACAGAAGAAGCAGCACUUAGCCUUUUUACCAGCUGCACAAAGUCUGUCAAAAUGCUCAUGAAUGGACUGGUUUCUUCUUCUUUUACUCAUGUUGAAUAUGAAAAUAUUUGA